CAAGCCCAAGCUUCCCUUCUUUCUUUUCUCUCGCACCUUGAGAAAUCCAAGUCAGCCCUGCCAUCUAACUAGGCGGUGUGCCUCUUUUCGACUUCUCCCCAUCGAUUGACUUCCUGACUUAAUCGCAAGCUGCGGCCAGGUGGUGCAAGGGGGACAUGCAACGCGCCUGAUCGAUUCCUAAUCGAGGAAAUGUGGAAAUCUUCUUGCAAUUAAUCAACGGCCGCCGCGAUGGACGAGCAGCUUCCGACCUCAGCGCCCUUACGUUCGCCUCGCAUCCCGAUCGCGCAGCUUUCCCUGACAGCCGAUAAUCUGCAGGGGAGUGCCAUCCAUGCCGUCGUCACUCUCCUAUGGCCGUAUUCGUCUUCCACCAAGUCCCUCAGCCUUCUGUUAGCUGAACCCGAUUUCCGUCUGCGUCGCUCGAAUGGUCAGGUGAAGGUGAUCUUUCACGGGCCUGUCGCUGAAGAUGUCGCCAAGUCUAAACUCGGCAUUGGGGAUGAUGUAUAUCUAGAUUUGGCCGGAUCGAGGCUCGUGAGUAACGAGGCCGCGGUCCAGACGCCUGGCAAAUGCGUGGCAUGGGAUGUGCAUUUCGACGAUCGCGUAUAUUUGGAGGUCUCGCGAUCCGCCGCCCCUCUAUCAACUAUCAAGGUUGAGCCUUCGUCGUCCCAAACAAAUGGCCUCGACCCUGCGACCAUAGCCCCGACCACUCCUCCUAGGAACAACCUCAACAAGCGUGGGAUAACUGACGAUAUGGGGGACUCAGGGUCAUGGCAAACUCCAGUUUUCACGGGGAAGUCGCGCGCAUCCUUCGGUGGUCUACUCGAUUCCGCAUACGAUCCCUUUACCGAAGAAGAUGGGUAUGUGCCUGGAAAAGGCAGAAAAAGGCCGAGGUACAGUAUGCAGCAUAGCGACUGGCGCUUGAUCGAUGAACCAGAGAGCCCGGGCGACAAGGACUUCCCGGUUGAUUGGACGCACAUAUUUGAUGAGGAUUGGGGUGAGGGGUCGGAGCCGGAUGGAGACAAAGAAACUUCACCGGAGAAGCUUCCUGAGGCAUCAGGCGACGGCGCCGACCAGAAAAGACCUUCCGGUGUUGCUCAAACAGCUGAGGGGAAUAAACCGACCCCGGAGGUCCCUACGGAGCCGAUCAAAGGCCCAAAGCCGGCCGAAACUAAUAAUCUGUUUGUUCACCCUGGUUCAAUUCAAAAACCAGCAUUCCCUCGUCAGGCCUUCGGGCAGGGCCUUCUCGAUUUUUCUUCUCAUCUUCCAACCGACACACCUCGUCUUCACCCUAUCCCAUCUCCUGGACUACCCAUUCCGUCUCCACUCGUAACGGCCUCAUCUAGUCAACAAAGCUACUUCAUGCCUAUUACAGACAUGGCGCAACCUCACACCACGACCGCUGGUACAUCGUUAUCUCGGGAAAUCAAAAGCCCCGAAGAGGAGACAAGCGAACAUGCGGACACGGUGGUGGAGACGGAAACCCGAGCGACGUCAUUUGUCGAAGCAGAACUAGGACCGCAAACCACGGGCCAAGACAACGCAGCCUUGAGCUCCUCCACAGCCGCCACAGCUGUCGAUGUUGAAAUCGCCGAAAUUGCAAGCACCGCAAUUGAUCAUGUCUCGCAAAAUGGCAUGCCUCCUGCCAUUCCUACCGUGUCUACAGCGGAAACAGCAGUAGACAUCAGCGAAGCUGGUCAUCCGGAGGAAGUCGAGGCGGACAAGGUCGAAGAGCACGAUCACGAUCUCAGCUACGAUGAGGAUCGAGCUAGAGAGAAUAGUGAGCUCCAGGAAACGCCAGGGUAUCAUGAGACCGAAGGUCUUGAGGCUAACACAGCGGAAGAGGGCUAUCCUGAAGAUAAACACUCGGAAGAAAAUAAUAUAACUGAGGCCGAUGUGAUGGAGCAAAUGGAUGGGGAUUAUCCCGAAGAUAGUAUGGAGGAUUAUGAUUCAGAGGAAGACGAAAUGGUGGAAGAGAAUGGAUUUGAACAACCUAUUGAACAGGAGUCCGUUGCUGAGGAACCUCGCGUGGGUCGCAAAUCUGGGACACCCGAAUACGCUCUGAACCAGCAUUCAGAAAGCCCCACGAAUAAAACCUUGGGCGAUGAGAAACGAGUGUACGACUACGAAAUUGAAGAUGAAGAGGGUGAGGAAGAUGAAGUUGGUGAAGUAGAUGACUGGGAUGAAGACGAGGAAGACGAAGACGAAGAGGAAGAAGGGCUGUAUGGCCGCUAUCAAGAGGACGACGAAUCGGGAUCGGAACCGGACAUGGUAGAUGACGACUCGCCUACUCAGCAUCAACCUGCACCGAAAAACUCGCAGCCUGAAGUCAUCGUGCUCGACAGCGAUAGCGAAGAUGAAGCCCCUCCUAAUCCUCGCACAGAUGAUGCACCACGAACAAGAGAGACGACUGGUGAACAGGAACCGGCGUCGUCACCAUCACUGGGAAGCGAGCGUUCGUCCAGGGAGGAUUCUGAAGAUUCAGAGAAUGAAGAUUGGCCCGAAGAUGAAGACCAUAUGGAAACCGAGAACGUGGACGAAGAUCGACUCAGGCAAGAGAAAUCGAAAACCCAGCCGCCAGAACGAGUUUCAGAAGAACUCUUGGAAAAUGAAUCCUUGGGAGCUCAGCCCUUGGAAGAAGACUACCCGGAAGAAGAGAUGUCAGAAGACGAGGAACAGCCUGAUGACGCUGCAGACUUGAAAGCAGAAACUCGUGGUAGUCAAGAUGGCGAACAACUCGAAAGCGAAUGGGUGGAGGACGGUGUGGAAGAUGAAGAAAUGAAGGACAUAGAAGAACUGGACCAACAAUCAAAUGAACCGGAGUCUGAAUCCUCUGAAGAAGACGAGGUGGUCCUCCUCGACCAGACAGAUUAUGGAAGACGCAACGGACAAAGGGUGGAGAAUCAACAUCUGGACAAUGAGUCGACUGAACCCGAACAAACACCUGUGGAGCAAGCGCUAGAGCAAAUGGAAAAUACAGAGCGGACAACCCUGUCUACAGGUGCCGAUUACACGGAAUACUCGGAUGAUGGCGACGCGACUUAUCACGAGAGUUACGAACAGCACGAUGUGAUAGCAUCACCACUUCCAGGACAAGAUUCCCUGCAUCAUGAUUUUCAUACCGCGCAAACAAUUGAAACGCAUACUGGUGCCGAGUUCCGUUUGCAUGCUCAGGGGCUGGUCAUUGAUCCUGAACUGUAUAAUUCCGGCCCUGGCCGGGAAGAAGCAGUAGGUGACGGUUUUCAGAGUGGCAAGUUAGGCGAGCGAAUUUCUGAAACUCCAGUUCCAGAGCCCAAGUCAGAGAUCGAUUAUCGCUUGAUGCUCGACGGUGCUACAUCUCCGCGCAUUCCUGCCAGCAUCGUCUCAAAGAGGCAGGGUUCUGCUUCACAAUCCCAGCGAAUGGAAACUCCAGGUUUUACUCCGGCGGUUGAAGUCUACCGGCAGUCCCUUCCGGUUCCAGCGGCAGCUGAAUCGUUACCGACUCCUGAACCGACUCAAGAGAGAAGCUCGCAGAAGAAUGGGAAGCUCCCGUCAACACAUGCCGAGCUUCCUACCUCCCAGGCGCUGGAUGAGGAUAUCGUGGAAAACGAUUCCGACAUCGAGGCUAGCUCCGUGGCAGAAUCACGAGAAGGAUCACAUGACAUUGAGGAACCCUUGAUGCAUCGUGAGAGCCUUACUCCUGACGAGGUCCAAUCUCAACAGGCAGAUUUUGCCUUUGACCAUGAUGCCAGAAACGCCUUGGAUGAAAUCAGCUUCACCAGCGUCGACCGUCACUACCCGGGCUUGCGCAGCAGCCUCUCUUAUUUUGCGCCCCUUGCGACACUCGUUGAUCAUUACAAUGCCCUGGUAGAUACCAUUUCUGCCGUUACGGAAGUACGCGAUGUCAUUCGAGCAUCUUCAGGCAAGAAGGACUACAUCUUAACCCUUCAGCUGACGGAUCCAUCUAUGGCGGGCACGACUCAUUUUGCCCAGAUCUUUCGACCCUUCAAGGCAGCUCUUCCCUCCGUAUCGGAAGGGGACGCCAUCCUUCUGCGCAACUUCAAGGUUAAAAGUUUCAACCACUCCAUGAUGCUCGUGAGUACGAGCACUAGCGCCUGGGUUGUUUUCCACAGCCAGAACCAGACACAGGUCGAAGGCCCGCCAGUCGAAUACGGAAAAGAAGAGCAGACCUACGCGACGGACAUGCGGCAAUGGUACCAAGAAGAUGGCAUGGCUAUGGUGGCGGACGCCCAGCUCCAGGCGUCAAUCGAGAGGGCCGGUCGAGAGGGAACACCGGCCAGCAGCGUGGCACUUAGCGACUCGGGCAGUAUUGACUCGACACAACGUGUUGGUGAACGUGGCGAAUCGUCUGUAUCGAACCUCAGCUCACGGCGGAAUAGGAAAUCUCAUCGCAGAAUCACGAUUCAUGAGUUAAGGGACGGAAGGCGAUAUACCGAGGUUGGUUCGCCGUCUGGCAAGGAGAGUAUCCACGAGCUUCGGGAUGGAACUGUGUAUGCAAAUCUUUGAGCGUUUAUGCAUCUAUUGAAGUUCUUCAAAUAUACCCCUAAUUCGACUCGGCUUUGUUCGUUCAUUGUACAGGUAUACAGGUGUUCAUGCUUCUUCGUUUCCGUCACCAUCACAGUUCAUUCAAUGUCAGCGUAAGCCCCCAGGGCCGACUGGCCACCCGUAUGAAUGAAAAGGGCCCUGAUCUGAGGGUGAUCCCCAGGAUGACUCGCCCAGUCCUUGACCAAGUCUCCCUGUUGUACCCAAUGUGCCAUGCCCGUUGCCACCUUGGCUGUAUAGACAGGGUCAAGGAGCAAGCCCUCGCGCUGUGCCAUCCACGCCAACGUCUCCUUACUCUUAGGAUCUAACACGCCAUACCCCGUGCCAGUAAACCGAUCAUCUAACCGGACAUCGUCCGCGUUGAUAUCCGUCUCAUCCAACCCAAUCUGGACCGCCGCACGCCGCGCAAACCGCAACACCCUCUCCUCAUGGUACUCGCGCGGUUUCGUCGGCGAAUUCAAAAUCCCAAUGACCUUCCUCUUCCUCCCUCCGGGAACCGAUCCAUCCGUGCGCCGUGCCUCCUCCUCCUCCAGCUUCUCCACCAACUUAAACCCAGCAACCAACCCAGCCACCGUACUCCCACUUCCACACGCCACGAAAACAUAAUCAAACCGCUCCCCAGUCCCAAGGUGCUCCUUCUCCUGCGCCGCAAUCUCAAACGCACACCUCGCAUAUCCCAACCCACCAAGCGGAUGCAAACUCGCCCCGGAAGGAAUCCAAUACGGCACUUUCCCUUGCGCCCACAGCUCCUUCAUAAUAGGCGCGAUCGGAUCCGACCUGUCAUCCGCAACAUUAUCCGACCCGAGCAACCGCACCUCCGCGCCUAGCAGCCGAUCAAUCUGCACGUUCCCCGUCCGCAAGUACGCAACGGGGUCCGUCGUCGCAGAUAGCCCGCCGCCUGUAUUCUUAUGCAGGAUCACCACAGCGUCCAGACCAAGGUGGUUCGCUAGCGUGGCGACUUGCACGGUAUGGUUACUUUGGACGGCGCCUUCGGUGACGAGCGUGGUGGGUUUCUUAUGAGAGGGGAGGGGGAGGUCGGUGCCGUCGGGCUGGUGGAUGUGUUGUCGGAUGUGAGGCACCAGGUAUUCGAGUUUGCGGUAUUUGUUGCCGGAGCUGGCCAGUGGGGAGCUUUGGUCUUCGCGUUUGGCGUACAGGGAGAUUCGCGGGCUCGGAGGUUGGUGUUGGCGGGUGCGGGUGAGGAGCGUGGUUAGCGUUGGGAGGGGGUGGAUUGG